AUGGCCGUCACCAAUGACCACCUUAAGACGGCUCUCAUCGGCACCAACCCGUCCGCGCUUCGUGAGACCGUCGUCGAGGUGCCCAACGUCAACUGGAACGAUAUCGGCGGCCUCGACGGCGUCAAGAGGGAGCUGCAAGAGACCGUACAGUACCCGGUCGAGCACCCAGAGAAAUUUGAGAAGUUCGGCAUGUCGCCGUCCAAGGGCGUCCUCUUCUACGGGCCACCGGGAUGUGGCAAGACCUUGCUGGCGAAGGCGAUCGCCAACGAGUGUCAGGCCAACUUCAUCAGCAUCAAGGGGCCAGAGCUGCUCACCAUGUGGUUCGGUGAAAGUGAGGCCAACGUGCGUGAAAUCUUUGACAAGGCGCGCCAGUCUGCGCCGUGCGUCUUGUUCUUCGACGAGCUUGACUCCAUCGCAACCCAGAGGGGAGGCAGGGUGGGGGAUGCCGGCGGUGCGGCGGACAGGGUCUUGAACCAGCUGCUCACCGAGAUGGACGGCAUGAACGCCAAGAAGACGGUCUUCAUCAUCGGCGCCACCAAUAGACCGGACAUCAUUGACUCGGCGUUGCUCCGUCCCGGCCGCCUGGACCAGCUCAUCUACAUCCCCUUGCCGGACGAGGCCUCGCGACACCAGAUCUUCAAGGCCUGCCUCAGGAAGUCUCCUGUGGCCAAGGACGCCGACCUCGGUGCGCUGGCAAGGUUCACCGCCGGCUUUAGCGGUGCCGACAUCACGGAGAUCUGCCAAAGGGCGUGCAAGUACGCCAUCAGGGAGGACAUUGAAAAGGACAUGGAGAGGCAGAGGAUGGAAAAAGACACCAUGGAGAUGGACGGCAGGCAGGAAGAGGAGGAGGUAGCAGAGAUUAAGGCGGCUCACUUCGAGGAAUCGAUGAAGUACGCGAGGCGGAGCGUGAGCGACGCCGCCAUCAGGAAGUACCAGGCAUUCGCGCAGACGCUGCAGCAGUCUAGGGGGUUCGGCACCGAGUUUCGCUUCCCGGCGCAGCCACAGGCGGCGGAAGCUGCUGUCCACACCUCCACGGCAGCUGAUGAGGAUGAAGACGAUCUGUACAAGUAA